AUGUACGGCCAGGAGACGGCAGUCCUGUUGAUCAAUGCGCAUGCGGAUCUGAACACCCAUCUACCUCGCCGACCAAAGCAUGAGAUAUAUACGUGGUGCUCCGAGACCUGUUGGAAUGGUCGAAAAGAUAACCAAUUCUCGCCUGCUACCAUCGGGGUACGAGACUCACCAGGAAAUUUCGUGGCUACGACCUUGUCGAGACCGCUGCAAUUGGACCAUGUGUUUCUGAUCGGCGUACGCAACCUUGACCCACUGGAGAGCGUGUGUAUCACGUCGCAAAGGAUUGUGAUCAUAGGAUGCCAGGAACUGGAGAAUAUGCGAGGCAAAAGUCUGGUCAUCCUGCUGAAAGAGAGAAACUUUAAGAAAGUAUACAUGGACACUGAUGCAGACGUCUUGGGCCUUGAUGAGUUGAAGGCCAUUAUGUGUCCAACACCGGACGGGAGACGCAUGCAGACAUUGAAAGACAUGCUGAUUGGCAUCAAAGAAGCUGCUGUGGAAGUGGUAGGAGGAGCUUGGUUGACGUCACCAAAACAGAUGGAAAUAGGCUCCUUGCAGGGAAACGUCGCAAAUAUUCAUGUCGUUAUGGCUACAAGCUGA